AUGAACUUGGACACCUACAUCAAAAACAGAGACCACUACCUUGCCCUUGGUCUCGAAGGCUCCGCCAACAAGUUGGGAGCGGGUAUCAUAAAGCAUAAUCGUGGUCCUUUGACCGACAAAAAUCGAGCUAAAGUUCUCUCCAAUGUCAGAGACACUUAUAUUACUCCUCCUGGUGAAGGGUUUCUCCCACGAGACACGGCCCGCCACCACCGCAAUUGGGUGGUCAGAGUCAUCAAACAAGCCCUUAAGGAAGCUCAGGUUAACGGUGAGGACUUGGAUUGCAUUUGUUUCACCCAAGGUCCAGGAAUGGGUGCUCCUCUUCAAAGUGUGGUCAUCGCUGCCAGAACGCUUUCCCAGCUUUGGCAGGUACCUUUGGUGGGAGUCAACCAUUGUGUGGGCCACAUAGAAAUGGGAAGAGAAAUAACUGGUGCGCAAAACCCCGUGGUGUUGUAUGUCAGUGGAGGCAACACCCAGGUCAUUGCAUACUCAAAACAGCGGUAUAGAAUAUUUGGCGAAACGUUGGACAUCGCCAUAGGUAAUUGUUUGGACCGGUUUGCUCGGACGCUCAAGAUUUCUAACGAUCCAGCACCUGGUUACAAUAUUGAACAAAUGGCGAAAAAGGGUACUCAUUUGGUACCGCUUCCAUACACAGUGAAGGGCAUGGACUUGUCUAUGUCAGGAAUCUUGGCUCACAUCGACUUAAUCGCCAAAGAUCUUUUUUCAAACAACAAAAAUAAAAAACUCGUUGACGAAGAAACUGGCGAACCCAUCACCGCCGAAGACUUGUGUUUCUCGCUUCAAGAAACCUUGUUCUCUAUGCUUGUGGAAAUCACCGAGAGAGCCAUGGCACACGUUCAGAGCAAUCAGGUGUUGAUAGUGGGUGGUGUGGGGUCCAAUGAACGAUUACAGGAGAUGAUGAAAUUGAUGGUUUCCGACCGAAAAAACGGGUCGGUUUUUGCUACUGACGAGCGGUUUUGCAUAGACAAUGGCAUUAUGAUUGCCCAUGCGGGUCUUUUGGGCUACAGAAUGGGACAGAAAAAUGAAUUGAAAGAUACGGUGUGUACUCAGCGGUUCCGCACCGACGAUGUGUUUGUCAGUUGGCGAGAUGAUUAA